AUGAAUACAUCAUCAUUUAUCAACGAUACUGAAUACAUCCGAGCUGCAUGGGAUCCUCAGCUUUCUUCAACUGAUAGUCAUCUUCUUGCUACUCUACUCUCAGAAGAAGAUCAAGAUGAUUAUAAUCAACUUCUUAAAACUAAAAUUUCUUCACCUAUUCUACAAAUAUUACAUCAAUUACAUUCACUUCUUCAUAUUUCAUCAUCUGCUAUAUGGAUGUCGAUUGUCUUAGUCAAAAAACUAAUCAUUCAAAACUAUUCUAUUGAUUUAUUAACAAUCAUAGCUUGUGUCACACUUUCAUCUAAAUAUCAAGAUUCAUUAUCACAAUUUAUUGAUUAUGAACUUAUUAUUCAAUGUUAUCCUAUUCAAAGUAUUCAACAAAUUCAUAAUACUGAAAUUCAUCUUCUCGAUGUUUUUUCAUAUGAUAUUUGUGUUACAACUCCAGAUCAUUUCUUUUCUUAUUUAAUCAAUCUUUCAAAUAAUAAUAAUUAUUUAAAAGAAAUUCUUGAACAAGCUCGAUCUUUAUUUUUAAUCAAAUCACUUUCAAAUGAAACAAUUGAACUUCUUUACAAUUAUCCAUCGAGUAUUGUAACUCUUUCUUUCAUCUCUAAAAUCACAUCAAAUAAUACUUUCUUUAUUGAACAAAUGAAACAUUUUCUUCUUCAUAAAAAAGAUCCAACAUAUUACCUUAUACAACUAUUACAAUGUACAUCUCUACUUCAAAGUACAAUUUCAUAA